CCCAAUCCUAAAGUUUUCACCUUUCUACCCUCGCAUGAUUGUUUUCCCUCCAUCAGAUACUUCUGAGCCGACAAGAUUCCGCUUCUUUGGAGCGCCGGGCAAACCCCACUUACUCCGGUACGGGUAUCUCCAUUAAAGCACGCUUCUUAUUCGUAGGAGAGAGGGAGAGCUAAGCUGGGCUUAAGCUUUCGAUUUGUCUCCCAAAUUCUCCUAUUUCUCUGUGUAGCGCAGAGGCUCGGCCAUGGCUUCUGCAGCUUCGUGUUCGUCGGUUUAUGUGGCCGUGAACUCCUUCGGAAGUUUAAAGGGUUAUAAGCGGCCGUGGAGGGUCCGGGCAUCGUUGGACAGCAAGGUAUCUGAUAUGGGCGUCAAUGCUCCAAAAGGGUUAUUUCCGCCAGAGCCCGAGCAUUACAGGGGACCUAAACUCAGAGUUGCUAUCAUUGGAUCUGGGCUUGCUGGCAUGUCUACUGCAGUAGAACUUUUGGAUCAAGGGCAUCAGGUUGACAUAUAUGAAUCUCGACAGUUUAUUGGAGGCAAAGUGGGAUCUUUUGUUGAUAAACAUGGAAACCAUAUUGAAAUGGGACUGCAUGUGUUUUUUGGUUGCUACAGCAAUCUUUUCCGUCUAAUGAAAAAGGUGGGUGCUGAUGGAAACCUGCUGCUGAAGGAUCACACUCACACUUUCGUAAAUAAAGGGGGUGACAUUGGCGAACUUGAUUUUAGAUUUCCGAUUGGAGCACCUAUUCAUGGCAUUCGAGCAUUUCUAGCUACCAAUCAACUGAAGCCUUAUGACAAAGCAAGGAAUGCACUCGCUCUAGCUCUAAGCCCCGUUGUUAGGGCUGUUGUUGAUCCAGAUGGAGCAUUACAGGACAUAAGGAACUUAGAUAAUGUCAGUUUCUCUGAUUGGUUCUUGUCCAAAGGUGGUACUCGUGCAAGCAUUCAAAGAAUGUGGGAUCCUGUAGCUUAUGCCCUUGGUUUCAUUGACUGUGAUAAUAUAAGUGCUCGAUGUAUGCUCACCAUUUUUGCUCUGUUUGCCACCAAAACUGAGGCUUCUCUCUUGCGAAUGUUGAAGGGUUCACCUGAUGUUUACUUAAGUGGUCCUAUAAAGAAAUAUAUAACCGACAAAGGUGGUCGGUUUCACUUAAGAUGGGGUUGCAGACAAGUAUUAUUUGAGAAAUCUGAUAAUGGAGAUGCUUUUGUUACGGGACUUGCCAUGUCCAAGGCCACGGAGAAGAAGAUUGUGAAAGCUGACGUCUAUGUUGCAGCAUGCGAUGUCCCUGGAAUAAAAAAAUUGAUUCCAGCUCAAUGGAGAGAAUGGGAUAUAUUUGACAAUCUGUUCAAGCUAGUUGGAGUUCCCGUUGUAACUGUGCAGCUUCGCUAUAAUGGCUGGGUGACAGAGUUGCAAGAUAUUGAGAGGUCAAGACAAAUGAGACAAGCCGUCGGUUUGGAUAAUCUUCUCUACACGCCCGAUGCCGACUUCUCCUGUUUUUCUGAUCUUGCGCUUGCAUCACCUGAAGAUUACUACAGAGAAGGGCAGGGUUCCCUCAUCCAAGCUGUUCUUACACCCGGUGAUCCCUACAUGCCCCUGCCUAAUGAUGAAAUUGUAAGGAGAGUUCAGAAACAGGUCUUGGAUUUAUUCCCAUCCUCUCAGGGUUUGGAAGUUCUAUGGUCUUCAGUGGUCAAGAUUGCGCAGUCUCUUUAUCGUGAAGCUCCUGGAAAAGAUCCAUUUAGACCAGAUCAAAAGACUCCGGUUAAAAAUUUCUUCCUAGCGGGUUCCUAUACAAAGCAGGACUACAUUGAUAGCAUGGAAGGGGCAACUCUAUCCGGCCGGCGAGCCGCAGCUUACAUUUGUGGAGCCGGCGAAGAAAUCCUGUCGCUUCGCUAGAAGGUAGCUGCUGCUGAAGAAGCAAAAGAUAUCUUCAAGGAGUCCAACACAUUGAGCCUUGUCUGAUUUCCAUCUCAACUGAAUUUCUCAAUAAGCAUAUAGAAAGAAGAACACAUCAAAUGGGCUCAAUUUGUGCCAUUGUAAAUUAAAAUAGGCUCACUUGCUCUUCUUCUUCUUGUUGGAAGGCCUUUUAAUGAUUCUAUCCCCAUUUUUAUGUAAUCUGUAAACCAGAUUGAAAAUAACAUAUGAGAUCCAUUCAAGCAAAACUAUUCGAGAAAUA